CUGUCCUCAAAGGAUUUCCCCCCGGAGUGGCCAGACAGGCUGAGGGGGGGAUGUAAUGUUAGGAUGGCAGUGCUAAUAUGAGUAUCUAACGGGACAUGCGGACCGGCUGAUUUUUCUCUACUAAUUCAACAACUGUCGUGCGUGGUCGUCGCCCGCCGCCAUGCCGCUGGUGAAGAGGAACAUCGAGCCGCGCCACCUGUGCCGCGGGGAGCUCCCCGAGGGCAUCGGCAGCGAGCUGGAGUGCGUCAUGAACAACACGCUCUCCGCCAUCAUCCGCCAGCUCAGCAGCCUCAGCAAACAUGCAGAGGACAUAUUUGGCGAGCUGUUCAACGAGGCCAAUACCUUCUACCUGCGCGCCAACUCUCUACAGGACCGCAUCGACCGGCUGGCCGUCAAGGUCACGCAGUUGGACUCCACCGUGGAGGAAGUUUCAUUGCAAGACAUCAACAUGCGCAAGGCCUUCAAGAGCUCCACCACUCAAGACCAGCAGGUGGUGUCCAAGAGCAGCGUGCCCAAUCCUGUCAAGGAGAUGUACAAUUUGAGUGACAAGCCUCCACCGCUCAGCAUCCUCUCGUCUUACAGGGAUGACAAGAAGGAAGCACUCAAAUUCUACACGGACCCCUCCUACUUCUUCGACCUGUGGAAAGAAAAGAUGCUGCAGGACACAGAAGACAAGAGGAAAGAGAAGAGGAAGCAAAAGGAACAAAAGCGCUGCGUGGACGGAACGUUACAGAGAGAGGUGAAGAAAGUCCGCAAGGCGAGGAACCGUCGACAGGAGUGGAACAUGAUGGCGCUGGAUAAAGAGUUGAGGCCGGACCACCGUCACACCAUACACAGAGAUAGGGGAGCCUCCUCUGAGGGCUCCAUGUCUCCAGAGAACAGGGCUCACGGUGUAGACCUCCACCACUACCCCAAUGCCAUGAACCACGCAGGCCACGCCCACACAUACUCAGGCCCGCCUCCUAGCAUGCUAGCCGCCCAGAUGGCGGCGGGCCAUGGUCCUCGCGGAGGAGGCGACCACCACCACCACCACGACGCCAGGGGCAGGACGGCGGCUUAUCAGGGUGGAACCCUCGGCCGCCCCCACCACCACCAGCAUCAGCAACAAGUCCCUUUGCCGCCCCCGCCUGCUGAGGCUAUGAAUGGCGGCUCUGUGUCACUGCCUCCGCUUGACUACAGCAUGGACGGUUACGCCAACACGGGCCCGCCGCCUCCACCACCGGCCCCGCUCAUCCCCUCCGCCUUGACGGCCUUCGCCUCACCACCCGGAGGCCCUGUGUCGCCUGGCGGCUACGCUCCACCCCCACCACCCUUAUGCGGCGGUCCGGUUGCACCGCCGCCUCCCGGGCCCCCGCCGGUUCCUCUCCAAGGUGCACACAAGAUGUCAUCACCAGUACCGAUGGAGAGCAGCGUGGUCAACGAUGCCCGUAGUGACCUGCUGGCAGCCAUACGGAUGGGUAUCCAGUUGAAGAAGGUUCAAGAGCAGCAGGAGCAGCAAGCCAAGCGGGAGCCGGUGGGCAAUGACGUGGCCACCAUCCUGUCACGCCGCAUCGCGGUGGAAUACUCGGACUCCGAGGACGACUCGGAACUUGAGGAUAACGACUGGUCCGACUGAAGCGCACACAGACACAAACACAAUUACACGCUUUGUAAGAUGAAGGGUCCACGAUCUGCAACAAACACUGUAAAGUCAAUAUACUGUAACCAAUGACCACUUCCUGCAACCUUCACGUCUUGCUGGAUGCUUUUCGAGCGCCGUGAGUGCCCCUGCUGUACCUGUUGUAAUGCGACACUCACAUGUCAUGUAUAAUUUGAUGUAUAUGCCACAUUUGAAAGUGUUAGAUUCAACUAGAGAAGUUCCUCUUGAGCUAAUCCCUUCCUUUUUUUACUCAACAUGAUAUUAUAGAUCACCAGAUAGAGCAGGGGUGGGCAACCUACUGAGGACUGAGGAUUUGAAGAAAAUCACGAGUUGUUGCAUCUGUACAGUUUGGCCAGUAGAGGGCGCAUAUGAAUCUUAGGACACUUGGUCGAUUCUGACCUUGUCGAGGUGAGUUAGUACAGUCCUGUUCUCUGAAAUCUCGGGAGUGUGAAAUUUGACCAAAUGAAAGACUUCUUUUCAGGCAUGCUUUUUGGUGGAGCUACUCAUGAUAAAGAUGUCUACCAAAUUUCAGGUUGCUAAGUGAAAGUGUGACCUCAAUUCUUAAAACAUUUCCCAAAAGCAUCCUGAAUUAACCACUUCAAACAAAAAAACUUUUUAAUCAAAAUUUGUCUUUAAAGAGGUUUCGGAAAUUUACCAAAAGCGACCUAAUUAUGCUUAAAAAAUAUUACAGUUCCUGUGUAUUUUUGGAUAUGACCUCCUAAAAGUUUUUGUGGGUUUACUCAUGAUAGACAUGUCUACCAAAUUUCAUGUUGGUAAGAGAAACUGUCGGAAUUUUUAAAUACAAAAAACAGUCCACAAUCAUACAACUAAAUUGCAUCUUGCUGCUUUACAUGAAAAUGGCAGCCUUCGUGUGUCUUUUCAGUAAUUACCUCUAGAGACUUUUUGGUGUGUCUACUUAUAAUAGACAUGUCUACCAAAUUUCAUGUUGCUAAGUGAAACUAUCUUCAGGGGUUUAUUUACCAAAUGGAAAAUACGGUAAAACAGGAGUAGUUGAGCUUUAAUAGACCUUUGGAAAUGUCCAGAAUGACUCUAAAAUGGCUCCACGCAUAGUUGUGUACCUAAUGGGGGGGGAAAGAGGUUGCCCAGCCCUGCUGUAGACAAUGAACAGGAAGUAAAUGUGCUAAAAAUGAUCGAGUGUUGAGGCUGUGUCAUGUAUACGGUCUAGAAUGAGCUUUGUAACCCCAGAGAGUAAUAAAAAAAAAACAUGAAUGGAGCACACGGCUGGCAAGUUUCCUCACUGUCGUCACGCGUACUGUACCUGGCUCCCCUGUUUCCAUAGCGACGGGAGCCGAGUUGCCACGGCAACCGGAUUGAGCACAGAAGGGGGGGAGAACAAAACAGGCGAGGCGGGCGUCAUAUGCACAGCAUGUUUGUUUGCGUGGUUCUUUUUAAUAGAAAAUUAACUAACCAAAGCAAUAAAAAGUACAACUAGAACACUUUGGAAAAAUAGACAGCACACACAUCACACAAAUGUUUUUUGUUGUUGUUUUUUUUACAGUUAAAUUAGUGCAUGUUGAUUCUCAUUUUGCAGAUACUUCAAUUGUGCCAUCGUGAUC